CGUGUUCUUCCCGGGUCACGCUGCAGGUUCAGUUCAGUAGCUGAGCUUGCACGCUUCUGUUUGAUGUUCUGUGAGCGUGGUUGCUGGGCGCUCUAAGUGGAGCUCAGGCAUGCCCCGAAGCAGCAACAUGGAUGCAGUGACCUAUGAAGAUGUGCAUGUGACUUUCACUCAGGAAGAGUGGGCUUUGCUGGAUCCUUCCCAGAAGAGUCUCUACAUAGAUGUGAUGCUGGAGACCUGCAGAAACCUCACUGCUGUAGGCUACAAUUGGGAAGAACAGAAUAUUGAAGAACAUUGUCAAAGUUCUAGAAGAAAUGGAAGGCAUGAAAGAACACAUACUGGAGAGAAACCCUAUGAAUGUAACCAUUGUGGGAAAGCCUUUGCGUUUCAUAGUUAUCUUCAAAGGCAUGAAAAGAUUCAUACUGGAGAGAAACCCUAUGAAUGUGAUCAGUGUGGUAAAUCAUAUUCACAACUCUGGUAUCUCCAAAAACAUAAAAGAACACAUACCGGAGAGACACCCUAUAAAUGUAACCAGUGUGGGAAAGCCUUUGCAUGUAACCGUGAUCUUCAAAGACAUGAAAAGAUUCAUACUGGAGAGAAACCCUAUAUAUGUGAUCAAUGUGGUAAAGCAUAUUCAGAACUCUGGAAUCUCCAAAAACAUAAAAGAACACACACUGGAGAGACACCCUAUAAAUGUAACCAAUGUGGGAAAGCUUUUACAUGUCACAGUUAUCUCCAAAUACAUAAAAGAACACAUACUGGAGACAAAGCCUAUGUUUGUGAUCAAUGUGGUAAAGCCUUUGCAUGUCAGAGUAGUCUCCGAAUACAUGAAAGAACACAUACUGGAGAGAAACCGCAUGAAUGUAGCCAAUGUGGCAAAGCCUUUGCAUGUAAUAGUUACCUUAAAAGGCAUAAGAAAAUUCAUAGUGGAGAGAAACCCUAUGGUUGUGACCAAUGUGGUAAGGCCUAUACUGAAAUCAGUAAUCUCCAAAAACAUAAAAGAACACAUACUAGAGAGAAACCCUAUGGAUGUAACCAACGUAGUAAAGCCUUUGCACAACACAGUCAGCUUAAAAAGCAGGAAUCAUACUGGAGAGAAACCCUGUGA